AUGACUCGAGGAAACUAUAGACGUAGGCGUCCAAAGAGGACCAGGACCCAUUUCCAUAACUCUGGGAUAGAAUACGAAGAGCCCCAGAAAGAUAAGGACGACUUCAGCGAAGAUUAUGUCUAUGCCAACCCAUCAAAUUAUAACGGGGUUAACACUCACUACUAUCCUCAACCAGGAUACGCGCAUAGACCUCCUAGAUCUAAUACACAACGCCCCUUUCCAAGGCAGCCUGCCCAACCCGACUCUUUUCUUCCAUUUGCCCGUCAUAACAGACGCCAUAAUGUACAACACCAACAGGGACAGCAGAGGUUCCAAGGAGAGGCGGUUGUUCAGUACCACUAUCACGACCACUACUAUCACCCCUCCAACGUCACCUCGCACGUCCCCACGCAAACCACAACGCGGAGGGAUAGUGACAUAACAAUGACUGACUAUAGCGAGGUAAAUGUUCUCGAGAAUCGCCUUUCAAGGCUUGGAGCCGAAAUCAGAGAAUUCCUGCAGGCCAUAUCGAACCAAAAUAGCGAGACGAUGCGGCUUGUUAACUCCUUCGUCGGCUUUUUAAGGCAGUCAAGACCUGAUUCCGAGCUGUAUAGAGCUUUGGUCAUGAAUAACCCCCAAGGGAAUGUUACCCAACUUCCCCAGCAGAAUCCUGUCCAACCUUCGGCCGCCCAUCCUGUGACUCCUAUCCCCGUUGUUCCAUCAGGGGCGGCCACUGCCGCGCGUCAGGGGUUUAGGUCCAACAUACCCUGGCCUACUAUGGGCACAGAGAUGGACUAG